CCCGGCUAAUACCAUACAAAAACACUUCAGUUUCGUCGGAGAUAGCGGUAGAAGACGGUUGAUGGGAGGCGGCGGCGGUGGAGGUGGUAGUGGGGGAGGAGGAGGAGGAGGAGGUAGAGAAGGAGAUUGGGAGUGUAGCGGAUGCGGGAACAGAAACUACGCCUUCAGAAGCUUCUGCAACCGAUGUAAGCAGCCUCGACUCCUGGUCGACAACAAAACUCCUCCCGAUUCCAAGUGGCUCCCUCGAAUCGGCGAUUGGAUCUGUACCGGUUGCACUAACAACAACUAUGCAUCAAGAGAAAAGUGCAAGAAAUGCGGACAACCAAAGGAGGUAGCAGCAAUGCCAGCAAUUUCAAUCCCUGGUGCAACUCUCCCUACUCAUUCAAAUUAUUUUUCGGGGGUACAAGGAGCAUUGCAGCAAAAUACACACAUUGGCUUCAUAGGAAAUGGAGCAAUCCAACAGUCACUGCCUUUGACCUCCCACUGGUCUUUAGGAGCUGGUGAUAAAUUUGGAAGUCAACCUGCCGAUCAUUACGGGGUGCAGCCAGCUUCUAGAUGGCCUUUGGUUGGGAAUAACACUUCUGGAGUUCCAUAUGCAGACCAGGCCAACCAACUUCUUGCAGUUCCAAAAGGAUGGCGUCAUGGUGACUGGAUUUGCAAAUGUGGGUUCCACAAUUAUUCUUCUCGAGCACAGUGUAAAAGGUGUAAUGCUUCUAUGCCACCAGCAUCAUCCUCUUCUUUUGGCAGCCCGGCAGUUACAGCUCUUGGGACAAAACGUUUAGCGUCAGAAGAACUUCAUGACUUGGAAAACAAGAGGCUAAAUGCCGGACAUACAUUUGGGCUGCAGCCGUCAUAUCCAGGACUUCAGUCAAUAGGGAGUUCUGGUGGAAGUCACGUAUCUGGAAUGUAUUCAACCUUUGGAAGUGGAAACCCAAUGGUGCUUCCAAAUUUGCAGGCCAACCUACAGAUACUGCCUGCAGCACCGACACUCCUCGGGAAGGGGGCUAAGCAAUGGCGUGAUGGGGAUUGGAUGUGCACAAACUGCAAUAAUCACAAUUAUGCAUCUCGAUCACAUUGUAAUAGGUGCAAGACACAGAGAGACACGGUCACUCAACCAGUCAGUGUUGCAUAGUUCUCAGCUUUAGAAUGCACUUCAUUAUCAUGUGGUUUCAGGGCAUAUUGAGUUUUUGCCCUCCCUUUUUCGUGUGAUGCUGGAAAUGAGGUUUGCGUAAUUUGAGACAGAGGUAAAGGUUUUCAACCCUCGUUGUGUGAUGACAGCUAGAUAGGUUUUAUUUCGUUGAAGAGUGAGACCCAGAUUAUACUGUGAGCCAGGUACAAGUAUGUUAGUGUUAUUGUUAUCAAACUACUCUGUUGCAGCAAUACAGUAUUUGCGCACUGUUGCGCUCUAUUGACAUGCAUUCUGGUUAUUGUAGUUUCAAUGGAAAUUUAUGAUAAGACCUCAUUUUCUUGCACGAA